GUGAAAGGGGGAAACGUUUGGCUGCUGAAUUUUCUGCACCCAUGUCGCUUGCGGCCACGAAGACGUGUGCUCAAUGGACUUGACACCUGAAUUCCGUCGCCUGGCCGGGCUUCGUUCCGUGCCUGACGAGCAAGAUGAGCGCUUGAUGAAGCCGCGCAGUGGCUUCAUCCUGCAGGCAGAGGAGCAGCAGAGCCGAUUGAAGCGCCUGCGACAAAGCCUGGACCGUGACGCCACGAAAGAGAUCAAUCACAUCCAGGCCAGUGUCGCCCAGUUGGAGGCUUCUCUGGAGGUCGCCGAUGCGUCGAGAGACGACCUCGGCCACCGCCGUGGUGUGGUGGCGGCGUUGUAUGAGGAGCUUCGGACUCUGGCCGAGCGAGUUCAGCGAGAGCAGGUCAGUCAGCUCGAGCGAGAAGCAGAGGUCGCCAGCUUCUUCACGGCUCCCAUGGCACCGAGCAAGGCACCGAUGACAGUGCCUCCUGUGGUGCCCGCGAUGGAGGAUCUGGGUUUGCCCAAUCUGGAGGCCAACAAGUCAUCUCUACGUGCGGAGGAGCAGCGGCUGUUGGCCACCUUCAGCACGGAUUUGGACAAGAUCCAAGAGACCCGGGCCAAGAUCGAAGAAGUCGCGACCAUGGUUGGGCUCUUUGCCACGAAGGUGGCAGAGCAGACCGAGCAGACGGACGAGUGUUACCAGCUCACGGAGCAAAGCACCAGCUACGUGGAAGGAGCGCAAAAGCAUUUGGAGAGGGCCAUUGAGAAUCGGAACUCCUACCGCUUCUAUGUGGUUUGCUGGUUCCUAGGCUCAGCGAUCUUUCUACUGGUCUUUGAUUAUAUUGAUUCGCGCUGGUCCCUGAUUUGAAGGUGCUGCGGAAAGGUGUGGAAAGGCGUGAAAUCACGCCGGUGCUUUCUGUGACACAGUGGAGUUGUGCAGUGCAGCUCAGAUGGUUAGGAGACUCGCAUGAGAAUGGAUAGAAAGAA